UGAAAAUGUCCAAAGGACUUCUCGUUCUCUGGCUCCUGAUUGAGUUUGGGCGGCUUUAUCUGACACCAGCCGCGUCCGAGAUUGUUGUGACAGCGUAUUUGGGUGAGCCCGUGACUUUGCCCUGUUUGUACUUGUCCUGGUCUCAGGACAGGAACAGCAUGUGCUGGGGCAAAGGCCAGUGUCCCAACUCCAAAUGCAACGAGGAGCUUAUCCACACUGACGGGACGAUGGUGAUCUCCAGGAAGUCAUCAAAAUAUCAGCUUCAGGGGAGUAUCCGGAGAGGUGAUGUCUCCUUGACCAUCUUGAACCCCAGGGAAGGUGACAGCGGUGUGUACUGCUGCCGCAUUGAGGUGCCCGGCUGGUUCAACGAUGUAAAGAGGAACAUUCGCCUGCAGCUGGAGAGAGCCACAACAACCACACGCAGAACAACAACACUUCGAACGACAACCACGCAGUCUGAAGCUUCGACGUCCCAGGAUGCCCGGAUGUGGAAAAUGAGGGAUUCAGGAACUACUCCUCAACCUAGAGAAUUUGAGACAACAAGUGCGCACAAUGAGACACAGGUACAGGAAUCUGUGAUGGGAACGCCCAACUUCAACAACCUGAUGAUAAUCAUUGCGUCCUCCUUGGGGUUCGUGCUGUUGGCACUGCUCCUGACGUUUCUCCUGCGAGGGAAAGUCAUGGAAACCAAUUGUUCACAGAAACACACAAGGCUAGACAAUGCUGGAGAAUGUAAAAAUGUUCUCAAUGACAUGCAGCACGGACAGGAAGAUGAAGAUGGCCUUUUUACGCUCUAACAUGCUACUUUUUCUUAGCAUGACAGGAUGAGGUCAUGACACUGGAAGUGUCAAAUAAGUCUUAAUAUGUUUUUUUUUUUGUUUUAUGUAAAAGCCCCACCUGUUCCAUAACUGUUAUUGAUCUCGUCUUGCUUUAGUUUUGCAAAUGAAAGGUACUUUCGAGACCA